GGUUGUGGUUCUUUGCCUAAUUUUCUGAGAAAACAAAAUUUCCUAUUUGACAUCCAAUACUUCAAUUUGUCAAAUAUCUGUCUUUUGUGUCAAAAACAGUAUCCAUAGAAGGUGGUUCAAAAUGGGUAAGGUUAAGUGCUCUGAACUACGUACGAAGGAUAAGAAGGAGCUCUUCAAACAGCUCGAUGAGUUGAAAACAGAAUUGACCAACCUUCGGGUUGCAAAAGUAACAGGAGGAGUUGCAUCCAAAUUAUCGAAAAUACGUGUGGUAAGGAAAGCUAUUGCACGUGUUUACAUUGUUUACCACCAAACAAUGAAAGUAAACUUGAGGAAUCACUACAAGAACAAGAAGUACAAGCCCCUCGACUUAAGGCCUAAAAAGACCCGUGCUAUGCGCAAGGCCCUCACCAAACAUGAAGCCAAGAUAAAAACUCAGAAGGAGAUCAGAAAGAAGUCCUUGUUCCCUCCUAGAGUUUAUGCUGUCAAAGCUUGAAUAAACAUUUAAAUAAGGCUA